UUUGUAGAUUUCCGGUGGUGUCCAUUUGUUAUAAUUCUUGCGCAAAAUUUCCCAAUUGCUGAUGUUUGUUGGAAUAUCUUUGCUCUGUUUAGUAUAAUUACAGCAAAGACUGACGAUGGUAUAGUCUUGUGGGAAAAUCACAUAAAAAGAAAAUAGUAGUGCGGUUAAAGUGGGUCCUUUUCACCACGUAAAACAAACUGAACAAGGAAUCAAGGACAUCAGACCACCUUGAAGAGUCUUAUUGUAGCUUCACCAAAUUUCUAAGGGUUGUUGAGGAUCAACCCUCACACUUAUCAUAGAAGUGAUGGAUCUUGCAAAACCAAUGUUUGGAAGAGGACCUAGUGAACUUUGUGGGGCAGUUGAUCUUAUAAGUCGUUAUAAACUUUGGCUCCAUCAUGAUUAUUUCUCUAAGAGGCCGCCACCUUUAUCACUUUCUGAGUCUGCAUACCUUUGUAAUCUGGUCGGAGACCUACAGAUUAGAAAAGGAGAAGGAAUGGAACUUGGUCAGCUCUUGCAGGGUACAUCCUGUACGGGAGAUAGAAAUGAGCACCUGCCUCCUUUUGACUUGGAUAUUCUUAGUGAAGCGUUUCAGAUUAAGGAGACAACAGAUUUCGACCUUGCCUAUGUGGCAGCAUCCAAGUUCAAAUCCAAGGGUGAGAGAAAAUAUGAAAGACGCAAAGAUAUGCGUGCACAGAAGAAAAAGGACAUUAAGAAGCCAAAAGGCUGUCACAAUAGAACCAGCAUUCAGAAAGAGGAAUGACGAAAUAGAAUUGGGUUUGUGUUUUUCUGAAAGAGCAAGAAAACGGAUUGGAUUAAACUUUGCUUUUACGUUCCUACUGAUCAUCAUCCAUCGUUGGAAAAUUUGGGCUCUUUUUGUUAUCUGUUGGUUGAAGUUAUAUUUUGUGAAGCAUAUGAUUACAUAUUGAAGUGCAAAUUCCUUUUAAUCUUAGGUAGCAAAUUGUCUCAUAUGCGAUUUUUGUCACCCCAAAUCAAAUGUGAUCUAGUUGAUUA